AUGGCGUCGCCUCCGCCCAACCAUCCGCCCUCCUACUCCCCUUCCUUCGCAUCGCGAGAGCUCCCCGCCAUCAACACAUCUCUCGGCAUGGGAUCGAAGAAGCGCUCGGCCGCCGACGGCAGCACCACGCCAGCCAACAAGCGGCGGAAGGCAUCCAUCAUGUCGGCCGGCUCUGCCCACCCGCUCCGGCAGACCUCAUUCCCGCCCGACGAGGCCGGCACUCCCUUCUCGGCGCGGUCGCCCUCCGUCGACGUCGAGACGGCGAGCCUCGUCAGCGCCAGCGCCAGCCAGCUCAGCGCCGCGGGCCGUCCUAAGAAGAAGCGCGGCCGCAAGAGCAAGGCGGAGAAGGCGCGGGAGCAGACGCCGUCGGUGGCGGGCGGCAGGGCGCCCACGGCGGUCAGCGGGACUAGCGGUCCCAGGAGCAACGUCGGGGCCGGGAACGAGGCGGCCGAGGACGACGAGGCCGAGGGCGACAUGCAGGAACACAUGGCUAAGAACAAUGCGACCCGCACAGAGGAGGAGCGAAAGGAGGAGAAGAGGCUGAGGGCCAUGCUGGCCAGCGCUAUGGAUCUCGACCAGUUUGAGCGGUUCUCGGCGUGGCGCGCUGCCAAACUGCCUGAUUCGGUCAUCAAGAGGCUGGUAAAUGCCACCGUCUCCCAAUCGGUGCCGCCGUCCGUCGUUACCGCCGUCCGCUCCGUCACCAAGUACUUCUUGACCGACCUCAUUGUCAAGGCCAGACGCGUACAGGGCGAGUGGUCCGAGGUGGAGAACGAGAAGCAAGCCGACGUGGAGUAUCCCGGCAGGAUCCUGACACGAAACCCCGAGGCCAAGGAGAAGUUCGACAAGCAAGCCAAGGAGUGGCCGUGGGAGGCCGAGAAGGAAGAGGUCAUUCUGCAGGAGCCGCCGCGCGGACCGCUGCGUCCCGACCAUUUGCGCGAGGCCUGGCGUCGGUACAAGACUUCCUUGCAGGGCAGCUCUACGGGACUUCAGGGCCUUUGGCAUGUUCAGCAGCAUAGUGGCGUAGAGCGUUUUCCUUCUAAGACUGGAGGACGGCGGAUCUUCAAGUGA